AUGGGGCACAUCACCUCCCAGUGGGAACCUCCAUGGUCCCCCAAGGAGGUUGGACCAAUCCUUGGUCCAAAACAAGGAUUCUCUGACCUCAGCCUCCCAAUUCCUCCAUCCCCAAACCACGUCAGGACCACCUUCCUCCAAAGCUCAGGAGGCUUGAGGGGGCUUUCUUUACCGCCCCCCUCCCCCCCCCCCCCCCCCCCCCCGCCCAGCAUUAGCUGGCUUCGCCUUGAGUACAAAGGUCAAGGCCCCACCCCCACCCCCACCAUGAAGGCCCACCCAAGGAGAAUGUCUGCCCUUUUCCCACUCACAACUCUUUCCUCAGUGUGGGAAGAACCAGAGUGUCCCCGAUAUCCCACAGAAGGGGCCAUGGUUCUUGGCCAGCACGACAUUUGA